GUACGUGCGGCUGCUCCAGGGCGGGGAGGGCCCCGGAGCCAAGGGUUAGGCUGCUGGGGCCCGGCCAGAACUGGGGCGCGGCGGUGAGGGGCCCGCCCGGCGGCCUGGGCGAUCUUUAAAUUCUCCCACACUCGGGCGGGCUGAGCACUCGUACCUGCUCCGCCGCGAUUGCCGCCGCUCCGCGCUCCUGCGCGCGCCGGUCCUCUGCUUCGGGGGAAAAUGCUGUUGCUGGAUUGCAAUCCAGAGGUGAGACGCAGGCCCCCCCCCCCACUUUCCUGCAGCCUUAAGCUUGCGGAUGAGGGUGACAGUGGAAGUGGACCGGUCAGUUGGCGCUGCCGAGUCAAGCCUCUUCAGAACUGUAAGGUUUUGGGAGUGGGGAAGGUUUCGACCCUGGGAGGACUUGGGGCAAAGGCGACAGAUUGCUGGAGCUGUUCUCUUCUCACAGGUGGAUGGUCUGCAGCAUCUCCUGGAGGCUGGGACCUCGGUCAACGCGCCCCCGGAUCCCUGCGAGCAGUCGCCUGUCCACUUGGCCGCAGGUGGGGGCCUGGCUUGCUUGCUUCUUUGGCAGCUGCAAAUGGGCGCUGACCUCAACCAACAGGAUGUUUUAGGAGAAGCUCCAUUACACAAGGCGGCAAAAGUUGGAAGCCUGGAGUGCCUUAGCCUCCUUGUAGCCCGUGAUGCCCAAAUUGACUUAUGUAAUAAGAAUGGGCAAACUGCUGAAGAUCUUGCAUGGUCAUGUGGAUUUCCAGAAUGUGCCAAGUUUCUUACAACAAUUAAAUGCAUGCAGACAAUAAAAUCAAGUGAACGAGAUUAUAUUCCAGUGCUCAGACAGAAACGCAGUUUUGGAAGUGUGGAAAACACAAAUGGGAAAAGGAAGUGCUGAUGUCCAUUUGGUUAUGAAGAGGUUUGAAGAAGGCCUUCACUUCACGCAGACCUACUGCUCAUAUAUAUAUAAGCUAUGGCUUUUGGUUUGCCAGGAGUGUCUAAACUCCUUCUGAGAAGGAGGAAAACUUUCUUCUAAGAGAAGAUGACAUUUAAUACAUGUAUUUACAUGCCUAUAAUAUUUUUGUUGGACAUGCUUUGUCUUUUAUUAAAGGAAUAUCUAAAGAUUAAAUUCUUUGUAUUUAUUUGUU